AUGCCACACGAGGCAGAAUGCCCUUUAACCACAUUCACUCUUUUUAUUUCACUGUUAUUUGCCACCACCAACUUGUCUGCGACGCCUAAAAGCUCAUCUGGUCUCCGUCCAGCCACCUCAGUCACCGAAGCUUCCUCAUUUCCAGCCUCAUCGGACAAUCGGCAGAGACCAUACGCCGUCCUUCCUGCUGCCACCAGAGGUCUUCAUUUGCAUAACUUGGGCGAUUUGCCCUCCGACCGGCCGCCCAUAGCACCGCGAUAUAUUACAAAAUACGGAGCCACCAGAGCUGCUCUUGAGGGGGCUCAAUUGGCCGAACUACUGGGCCCUGGACAUCAAGUAUUGAGUAGCCAAACGAACAAGCUCGAUCCAGUCAAGCUCGGAGGGACUGCUUCAGAGAGGGAUCCGUUAAGAGUUAAAUAUGAGGUCAAAUAA